GAUAAUCAAGGUGGAGCAGAUACGCCCUUCUCUUAUCAUUGUUGCAAAUCCAUAACACACUACUUGGCCAGCCCAUCGCUUGCUUAUGGGAGGGGAGAAAGGAUGCUUUAAAAGUUGCAUCUGGUGCCGGGGAUCUACAGACCUGUACAGUAAAACCUAGAGCCAGCAAAAUGGUUGAAUGGACAGACUUCGAGCGCGCCACCAUCGCGGACAUCUUCUCCAGGAUGCAGUAUGAGGUCGUGGGCCCUGCAGCUCUUGCUAGGUGUCUGAUUGUCUACCCCUGGACUCAGAGGUAUUUCGGUAACUUUGGAAACCUCUACAACGCCGCUGCUAUCUCUGGAAAUCCGAUGGUUGCAAAACACGGAACAACUAUCCUCCACGGUCUGGACCGGGCUGUGAAGAACAUGGAUAACAUCAAGGCAACCUAUACCGAGCUGAGCGUGCUGCACUCUGAGAAACUGCACGUGGACCCCGACAAUUUCAAACUCCUGUCCGACUGCCUGACCAUUGUGGUUGCAGCCCAGUUGGGUAAUGAUUUCACUGGUGAAGUCCAGGCAGCUUUCCAGAAGUUCCUGGCCGUGGUGGUGUCCUCCCUGGGACAGCAGUACCACUAGAGAGCUG